AUAACACAGUAGAACAGAACUUUUUUUACUGAGAAUUCUGGACCUCCUCUUAUAACCUGUGCAUUGGAAAAAUUCACCAGUGAUGCAGAGAGGAGGAAGAGAAUCCAAUAAUGGGGUUUGCAAACAUGCAAUUGGUCCAAUCAUCCUCCUAGUAUCAGGAAAUGGACUGACACAGUCGUUUCAGAGAAGUGCCUUAGCCCUACAGUUUGGAUCAUGAUCUGAGUUUUUUUCUGCUGCAAGUAUUUGUAACAGAGCCUUGUUUCGGUGAGAAAUCUCUGAUCUCUGCUAUAAUUACUUUUGAACUUAUGUUGCCCCUCCCUUUUAUAAUGUGAAAAAAUGUCCUUACUCUGAUCAGGGAUAGAGUACAAGCCUUUUAUACUUGAGAUGACUGAGACCGCACCAAUGCAACUUUAAACAUUACCCUACAGCUCUGUGAUCUUCCCCUGCACUGUGUUGCCUGAUCCCUGUCCCUUGUCCCUUCCCCCUCUCCUGAGCAUUUCUCCAGCCCUGACUCAUUGGUGCAGGACUCUCCUUUGCCUUUUAUGGACUGCCAUCCUGUCAAUCUAAUUCGAUAAGGCCAGGGGCAGGUGCAAACCCCUUGCUGUGGCUCCGCUUACUACCCAAUCCUCACACUGGCCUCUCAUCCCAAAAUACCUAGGAGCCAAUGGAGUGGGAAAACCCGGGACCCUGAAGAAAGAGGGAGCUAAAGUGGGUGGAUUGCUGUGAGGAGCACCCGUUUUUGAUCCAGGUCCUGCUGAAGGCUGGGAUUCCUCUCGGGACUUUGUUGACUUGUGGAUAGCAGGCUUGCUCUGCUGAUUCAUUGUCAUCACUAUCAAAAUGGUGAUCAAAGUCUUUGUAGCCACAUCUUCGGGGUCUACAGCGAUCAAAAAGAAGCAGCAAGAGGUAGUGGGCUUUUUAGAGGCCAACAAGAUUGACUUUCAGCAAAUGGACAUAGCAGGUGAUGAGGACAACAGGAAAUGGAUGAGAGAGAAUGUUCCUGGAGAAAAAAAGCCUCAAAAUGGAAUUCCUCUUCCUCCACAGAUCUUCAAUGAGGAGCGGUACUGUGGGGACUUUGAAUCCUUUUUCUCUGCUAAAGAAGAAAAUAUUAUUUAUUCAUUCCUGGGUCUUGCUCCUCCUCCAGGCACAAAGGAGACUGAAAAGUCUGAUACUACUGGUGAAACUGAGGCACACACAGAACACAGUGCAGAUGAAGGGGCCCAUGAAGAGGCUCAGCCACCAUCAGAAGAUCAGCAGGAAAACAAGGAAGGAGAUGCGGCGGCAGGGGAAGAAGAAGAAAAACAUGAAGAGGGAGAAGAAAAGGAAGAAGAAGGAAAGCAAGAAGAGGGAGAAGAAAAGGAAGAGGUGGAGGAACAAGAAGAGUCUUAGUACACUUCCUUAUGACACAUUCUCUCUUGAAAGGUUUUCAGGAAGCACAAGCUGGAGCAGCCCUGCCAAAGGAAAAGCCUCCCUCUUAAGCAAACCGUCACUACCUUUCAUGCCUGUGUACAUGUGAACGUUUAAAUACAGAACAACAAAGAUACCACUGUAUCCUACUUGUAGCCUUUGUAUAUAUUUGGUAUUACAAUUGCAUGUUAAAGUGGAUCUUCUUAUACCUGAAUGCUGAUAUUUCAGUUGAUUGUUAUGUGUUGGAAUAGUAUUGUCCAGUCAUAUCUUAGAUUGUAAGUUCCCCAGAGCAGGAACCAUGUCUUUCUCCAUGUUUAUGUACUGUCAAGCACACUGCUACCACUCAUCAGAUAACUGCACUCACACAAGUGGUGUUGUAUUUGGAGAAAAAAAAAUUCAGAGCUGAAAACUACAAAAAGGCUUCCUGUAUGCAACUUACGUGAGUCACUUCUCCCUCAGCUGGCUUUUGAAAGCGAUUGAGAUUUCCAUUGUACAGCAGUUUAAAUAAAUGCAUUUUCUGUCACAUCCA